UACGUUUGAUGGUGACGCCCCGAAGUACCCACUGGGAUUUUUGAGUUCUGACCUAGCAAGUUUUGUUUAUUUUAACAUGACGACAUUGACAGCGCAAUAUUACGACGAUAUGUGGUUAGCACUGAGGAAAAUAGAGUUUUACGAACAUCAAGGAACCCAUAUCGACGCACCAUUGCAUUUUGGUAACGGUCGACAAUCUUUAGAGCAGAUUCCACCAGAGAGACUAUAUGGACCUGGUGUUGUGAUUGACGUCAGAGACAAGGUCAAGGUCAAUCCUGAUUAUGCUGUUACAGUAGAUGAUAUUUUUGAACAUGAAAGAGAACAUGGUAAAAUACCACCAAAUGCAAUUGUAAACAUGAACUCUGGCUGGGCAAACAAGUACCCAGGAUGCACGACUAGUGUUCGGUACAGACAACGUUACAGAUCCAAGUUCCUUCCACUUUCCUGGCUGGAGUCCAGAAGCCUUGCGAGAUGCUUUUACAGAAACGACAGAUUAACGUUCUUGGAGUGGACACGCCUUCAACCGACCCAGCUCAGCCCCCGGUAUAUCCAUGCCACAUGUACCUCCAACCUAACAAUGUCCCAUUGAUGGAAUACGUGGCAAAUCUUGAUAGUAUACCAGUACGUAACACGACCAUUGUGCUGGGGGCAAUGAAAGUUAGAGACGGUACCGGCGGACCAACCAGAGUGUUUGCUUUUAUUGAUGAUGAAGAAGAUGACGACAUUACAAAUUCUGUAGGGACAAUACCUCCAUGUGUUUGCUUAAUCUUUAUCAUGUUUUGUUGUUUGUACAUGCAGAAAUUAGAAAAUUGACAUGGGAAAGAUACAUACAUAUAUCAAAUAAAUGUUGACUGAAUUUAGAUUAGUAAAUUAAAACUUUAGAUUAACGAUUAUGUCAAAGAUAUGCAAAUAAGAAGAACAUUAAUUUAGAUUCAGUCAUGAUGAAAGUGCUUUCUCAAUGAUAUCUAUAGAUGAAAAGUGAUAUAUGAGUUGAUAUGUAUUUACAAAGACAGGAAAGAGUACCUUAUGCCUUAUUUUUCUCCCGAUUUUGUUCAUGAUAAAUACGUUUUUUGUUCUUGUGAACGCGAUUAUACUUUGUGUUCAUAUUAUGUAUGAUUUGUAUAACCUGGGUACCUUAUAUUACAUUGUAUAUUAUACUGUUAUUUCACACCUACUUUGAUGUAAAGGCCCCAACAGACGGUAUACAUCACUUGUACACAGACCGUUAUUCUUUAUUAUAUAAAUCAUCAUGUUUCUCCUUUUUUAUAAUCUCUAAUAUAUUUUUGUUUUAAAUUUGGGCUCCCCGCGAGUUUUUCAACGUUCUCUUUACUCCACCUUACUAUAUUUACGUUUCAGCUCUUAUUAUUCUCGAAUUUCAUUCAUUAUUUAUACACAUUAUCAAGUGUGUCACUUGUCAUCGUAGGAGGUCUGUACAACAAAAUAGGGAAUUACAAAAUAGCACAUGCCCUAUCCUGUUAAUUUGGUAUUAAGGGUCACGACUUCAAGAAAAAUUAACCUUCACACAUUAAAGUUACAUUAAAUAAAUUUCAUAAAAACAGAAAUAGCAUAAGAAACUCUGCCUUCAGAUCAUCCGUACAUCAAUAUUAAAUCAUAAGAAGCAGUCCUAAUUUAACGGUAUAUUUCUAUGGAGGGUGUUCGUUUUACAUUUUCAAAAGUAGUUUUCAAAAGGAACACUUUACAUGUCUGGAAUUUUGGCAACGAACGCCCUCCAUAUAUUUCCGCAUUGCAACGGAUGUUUUCAUACAAAUUUAAUCUUUUUUAUGAGAUGAUUACUUUUUACUGAACCUCAGGCCUAGUGCACCGUGAAGUUAAAUUGCACAAGAAAAUCUCAUAUUUGUUGUGUACCGGAUAGCAGCUAUAACACUGUGACGUAGCGCAUACACAAGCUGAUUAUAAAAUCCUUAUUAAUGAACAAUAUUUGAUGAGAUUUACAACAAUUCUGUAAAAAAGGUUAAUGAAUCUGUAGAAUGCUUGGUUUUUAGGACGACGGGAAAAUAUAUUUACAUAUUUAUUUAAUGUAGCUUUAAGAUUUACUUGUACAAAUUCUACAGUGAAUAAAGGCCUUAAAAAUCAACUUC